CGGCUGGCGCGCUCCCGCCGACGCCGCGCCGAGAGCCUCCGCCUCCGGGCCUCGUCCCGCUCCCGAGAGUCGGCGCCGGGACCCCGGGGCGGGCGGGCGUGGCAGGGAGAGGGCCGUGGAAGCCGUUUCUUAUCUCCUGAAGUAGCGGUUGUCAUCAAACCUCAGAGGGUCACGUGAACAUUAACUGUGGUCCGGUGUUGAAAGCAGGAGUCCCAGGAAAGAGGGAAUCUUCAAAGGUGUUUCUAAAACGUAGCUCCAGCUGGAGGGUGCUUUUUAAACUGUUCAAGGACAAGAUGAAUGCGGACUCAAAGGAGGUUUUACCCCUGGAUGUGCAAGUUCCUGAGGUUUGGGAAGAACUUCUGACAGUGAAAAUGGAGAUGGAAAGUCGCCUCCAAGUGCAGGAAUCCAGGUUGAAAUGUAGUAAUCCCCUGGCAAGGGAAAUUUUCCGAAGGCGCUUUCGACAGCUGUGCUACCAGGAGACCCCUGGACCCAGGGAGGCUCUCACCCGACUCCAGGAGCUUUGCCACCAGUGGUUGAGACCACAUGUGAGCACAAAGGAGCAGAUCGUGGAGCUGCUGGUGCUGGAGCAGUUCCUGACCAUCCUGCCCGAGGAGCUGCAGGCCUGGGUGCGGGAGCACUGUCCAGAGAGCGGGGAAGAGGCUGUGAUUUUGCUGGAGGAUCUGGAGAGAGAGCUCGAUGAACCUCAACAUGAGGUGGUAGCCCACACGCAGGGGCAAGAAGUCCUCCCUGAAGAGACAGUGCCUCUGGGAGCACAGACAUCACUGAGCCUCCAGUCCCGGCCUGAGGAAUCCCUCACCCGUGACACUGCUCGGCAGCCCCACCCUAUUGGAGAGACAGAUGGAAUGACCAAGGCUGAGGACAGAGAGCUGGUGCUGAGGAAAGACUGUCCUAAGAUAGUGGAGUCCCAUGGGGAGAUAUUUUAUGGACAGACCUGGGGGGAUCCCCCCCAGGACCCCCGACACGGAGAGCUCGGGGACCCUGAGGGUUGGGCAGUGGGGCACUGGGGCAGCCCCCGAGGGGAGGGACGGCACAAGUGCGACGCGUGUGAGAAGAGCUUUGCCCGGAGCUCAGGCCUUGUUUGCCAUCAGAGAAUCCACACCGGGGAGAGACCCUAUGAGUGUAGUGAGUGUGGGAAGACCUUUAGUCGGAGCUCUGGCCUUUUCAAUCACCGAGGGAUCCACAACCUACAGAAACGGUACCGCUGUGCGGAGUGCGGGAAGGCCUUCAGUCAGAGUGCGGGUCUGAUCCAGCAUCAGAGAACCCACCGGGGAGACAGGCCCCAUCUGUGUGGCCAGUGUGGGAAGAGCUACAGUCGGCGUUCGUUCCUCAUCGAGCACCAGAGGAGCCACACGGGUGAGCGGCCACACCAGUGCCCCAAGUGUGGGAAGAGCUUCAACCGCCACUGCAACCUCAUCCGCCAUCAGAAGACCCACACGGCGGCCGCACUGCUGCCUCUGCAAAUACUCCAGGAGCACCACCGCCUGCUCCCCGGUCUCGGGGUGCUGCUCCCGCACCCGGGCCUGCAGCUCCUCGGGCAGGAUGGUCAGGAACUGCUCCAGCACCAGCAGCUCCACGAUCUGCUCCUUGCUCGGAAGCCCCGGAAGCGCCGGCGCGAGCGCUCGGGGCCGGGGGCCGGGCUGCCGCCGGGCGCACCCGCCUCUGCCGCGGGCGCGGGCGCGUCCUCCUCCUCCGCCUUCACGGUCAGGAGCCCGGUCAGGAGCCGCGGCCGCUCCUCCGCAGAGUGGGCGUCCAAGGCCGCGCUGGCCGUCGACUCUCUGGCCAUCCCGGGCCUCGCGCCGGCGAGCGCCCCUACUUUCCGGGCGGAUCCUCGAGCGUGGAGUCGCUGCCGGCCGGCACGACGGCGGGCUGCACGGGGCACGGCUUUCCCGCGGCCACAGGCCGGCCGCGCCGUCCUCCGCCGCCGCCCCCCCGAGGCCCGCCGCCAGGGUGCCCGCGGCGGACCGGCACAGGCGGGCGCCCUGAGCGCGGGAGUGCGCGCAGCCCAGGCCGGGGACGCUCCGCACCGGAAGCCGGGGGCGCGCGCCCUGCCCGCGGCUCCUCUAGGACGCGCCUCUCGGUGGCGGCGCCGAGUUAACCCUUCAGCUGCCGGGCCCGCCGCGGACCGAGGCCGGCUCUGUGGAGGCAAGGCUGAGCUUAAACUUCGAUUCCAGAAGAAGUUCUGGUUCUUGCCUCCAGUAGGCCCAAGUGGGGUUUGCAAUUCCCUCGAAGUAGUUCCUCCACGAAGACGGCGGACAGGUUCCUUUCCGAGGACCGACAGAGGAGCGUGGGAAGUAGGAACCCCCCACCAAGGGGCAAUGAUAAAGAGCGCCGAGGGCAGCAAGGAGGAGCGAAGGACACCAAGACGGUUGAAGGCGACUAUCCAAGCGGCGACGACGACGUCGGAGCAGCAGCGGGGUCACCGGUACAAGCCCCUCUUCUGUGACCGCGGCGCAGGGCACAGACGCAGACCCGAGGCGCGAGCGCCGCCUCGCCGCCCGCCCCCGGCCCCAGCGCCGCCUCCAACGCCGGCGUCUCGCGUCCCCGCCCGCGCGGCGGCCUCGCCGAGCAAAUCCGCCGGAAGCGGAAGUCGCGGCAGCCGCGGUGCUGACGCGCCGGAGCGGGGGGCGGUGGCGGGCGGCCGCUGCGACACCGCGGGCUCUCGGGGGUGGCGACGCGGCUCGUCGGGGAGCCCGCCGUCCGCGCAGGCCAGACGCUCCCCGUUGGGCGGCCGUGCCCGCUCGCACUCCCGCGGCCUUGAGGGCCUCCGGCCCCCGUGCGGAGGGUCGGGCGCUGGCGCCCCUUGCCCGCCCGGCCGCCCUCGAGAGCAGGCCCCGGCGUCCCGCACCUACGCCUUCUCCUCCUCUUCCGUCUCCUGCGGCGGGUACCGCUACCACCACCACCACUGUGUGGGCGACCGGCGGAGGAGGCUGGGAGAGAGACAGAGGAUCGGGGAGGUGGGAGCGCCGGAGGUGUGGGGGCUGUCCCCAAAGUUUCCUGAGCCGGAUUCCGAUGAGCACACCCCCGUGGAGGACGAUGAGCGGGCGGAGACGGCCGGUCCCACGGAUCUGGUGGGUCCAGAAGCACCUGUAACAUACAGCGCCCAGGAUGAGAAGCCUCUCAACUAUGGCCACGCUCUGCUCCCAGGGGAGGGCGCGGCGAUGGCUGAGUACGUAAAAGCUGGAAAGCGAAUCCCACGAAGAGGUGAAAUUGGGCUGACGAGCGAAGAGAUUGCUUCAUUUGAAUGCUCAGGUUAUGUUAUGAGUGGUAGCAGGCAUCGCAGGAUGGAGGCUGUACGGCUGCGGAAAGAGAACCAGAUCUACAGCGCCGAUGAGAAGAGAGCCCUUGCAUCCUUUAACCAGGAAGAGAGACGGAAGAGAGAGAACAAGAUUCUAGCCAGCUUCCGGGACAUGGUGUACAGAAAGACGAAAGGGAAAGAUGACAAACGAGGACCGCCCGCGCUCGCACCUGCACGCCGCCGGGGGGCGGAGCUCCGCCCCCAGCCGCGCGCCGGAAGCCGGACACCAUCGAGCCGCGGUCCUCCCGCGUGCCUAGAGCGGAGGCGACGGUGCGCUGGGAGGCGGGCGUCUGGGGCUGGGCGAGGGUCGCGGACCGUGCUGGAGCGCGCCAGGCCACCGCUGAGGGUCGGAGCUGGGUGCGUGGUGUGUGCGCUCCGCCUGGGAAGGCCCUGCAGACCCGGGCUGGGGAGCAGCUGGUGCCCUAGGUGCUGCGACAGAGGGCCCGCAGGCCGGGGCUGGGGCCGGGGGCGUCCUGAAGCUGCGGAUCUGCUGACCUGGGCCCAACUUAGGCUGCACUUGUUUCAUCCAUUGAGCGCAAUUUUAAACACGUGUUGGAAGGAGGAGACCGUGAAAAGGAAGUUCUCCGGGGCAGAGAGCACCAGCCGGCUGAUGCUGGGGAUGGCGACAGCACUGGCUAAUGCCCAUUCCCCAGCUCCGCUGAAUCUGAAGAAGGAGGGGCUUCAGACAGGGAAGGAGGACCCCUGCUCUACUUGGGAACAGGGAUUCAAGCUGCCAGGAAACAGCACCGGCCUUGGGCAAGAACCGCUGUGCAAACAGUUCAGACAGUUGCGAUAUGAAGAGACCACAGGACCCCGCGAGGCGCUGAGCCGGCUCCGGGAGCUCUGCCGUCGGUGGCUGCGGCCCGAGACGCACAGCAAGGAGCAGAUCCUGGAGCUGCUGGUGCUGGAGCAGUUCCUGACCAUCCUGCCCGAGGAGCUGCAUGCCCGGGUGCGGGAGCAGCACCCGGAGAGCGGGGACGAGGUGGUGGUUGUGCUGGAGGAUUUGCAGCCAGAGCUUGGAGAAGCAGGACAACAUGUGGGCCCAGACCAGGCAAAGAAGCAGAAGAUGCUCGCAGAGGAGGCAGCCCCUGUGGAAGCAGCGCGGGAGCCGCAGGUCCAGCCUGAGCGUGACGUCCCAAAGCCUGAAGAAGAGAAGGGUGAGGAGACAAAGAUUGAGACUGGGAAGACGGUGGUAGAGCCAGAUUCUUGUGGAGGAGUGGAAUCAUCUGGGAAAACAUCUGAACCCAUAGAACCUCGUCAUGAGGACCCUAACUUGGAAGGGCAGCAGGUCAAGCCCAAGGAGAAGACUGAAUAUAAAUGCUCAGACUGUGGGGAGGGAUUCACCCAGCGCUCAGACCUGAUUAGACACGAAGGGACACACACACAAGGGAGGCUCUGUGAAUCUGAGGCUUGUCCGAGUCCUCGUCCUACUGCACAUCAGAAAAUCCACUCUAGAGAGAAAGGUCAUCAGUGUCAUGAGUGUGGGAAAGCCUUUCAGAGAAGUUCUCACCUCGUCAGGCACCAGAAAAUCCAUCUUGGAGAGAAGCCUUACCAGUGCAAAGAGUGUGGAAAGGUCUUUAGCCAGAAUGCAGGCCUUCUGGAACACCUUAGAAUCCAUACUGGAGAGAAACCUUACCUGUGCAUCCACUGUGGGAAGAACUUCAGGCGCAGCUCCCACCUCAACCGACACCAGAGAAUUCACAGUCAGGAGGAGCCCUGUGAGUGCAAGGAGUGUGGGAAGACCUUCAGUCAGGCCCUUUUCCUCACCCACCACCAGAGAAUCCACAGCCACUCCAGAAGCCAUCGCUGUAACGAGUGCGGGAAAGCCUUCAGUUUGACCUCGGACCUCAUUCGCCAUCACAGGAUUCACACUGGAGAAAAGCCUUUUAAGUGUGCCAUAUGCCAGAAAGCCUUCCGACUGAACUCCCACCUGGCUCAGCACGUGAGAAUCCACAACGAAGAAAAACCCUAUGAGUGUAAUGAAUGCGGCGAAGCCUUCAGGCAGAGGUCGGGUCUUUUUCAGCAUCAGAGAUACCACCACAAACACAGUCUGGCUUGAUGGGGCAUCCUCUCUGCAAGGAACAUGACGGACAGUAUGUUGACAAGCAAACAGCACUUUCGGAAGAGUCACUCCAGCCAAUUCUAGCCUCAGAGAACUCCAGGCGGCCAAGUGGGAGGCUCUGUCCCUUCACUUGUGCUCAGCCUUGGACCACAGUGAUUUGAUCCUCGAUGGGACUGUGGGAAAAAAGCAAAGCCGCAUUCUUCACUGCAGAACUUCUCUGAGCCUUUAACAUGGUAAAUGCAUGAUUGCACGCCUCCAAGUAGUAGAGAGCCUCGUGAUUGAGCGAGGGCUUUGAAGUCACCAGUGAGUCAGUCAAGUAUCCACAGAUUUAUAGUCUUGACCAGAGCAAGAGCAGGUGGAAAAAUCUGGAGACAAGCAGUCCAGGACUGAUACAGUGUUUCCUUGACACCACUAGGGAUCCUGCUUCUGCUCCAACAUCCUAGUGCACACCAUCAGUCCUGAGGUGGUCACAUGAUCCUGGGUGG